AUGCUGUCCUCGACAGAAGCCUCCGCGAGCAGCGGAAGCCCUCAACGGCCGCUAUCAGAUUCGAUCAACGCCGCCACUAGGACUAUCCACGCAAAGCUUAACAAGCUCAUCAUCGCUCGCCUACCUCUGAGCUUGCCUCCUCAUGCGCAAGAUCCUUCCACCUAUGCAUCUGGUCUUGUGCACAUUGCGCCCAUCUACAUCACUUUCGAGUCUUGGUGGCAUAGUCUCGUAAGCGCACCGCCGGCUCCCGGCACCGAUGCUGCUGCCGACCGCAUCCACGACAUCCUAUCCAGCAUCUAUUUUCCAGAUCUCAUGCGCGCUGACCGCCUGCGUGCCGACAUUGCCCAACUCACUGGUUGGUCCACCGACGCUGUCAACCAGAAGCUCGAUACCGUCGCCCGUCACAGUAGUCUCGCGGAUUUUCUGCGCCAUAUUUCUCGCGCGCUCGAGAACCGGCCGCACGUCUUGAUUGCGUAUGCUUACAUCCUGUUCAUGGCCCUUUUCGCUGGCGGACGCUUCAUCCGGGCCACGCUGGAAUCUGUCGACACGUCCGACCCGGAACCUGGCUUUUGGAAUCGUCGCCCCGUCCCCGGCACUCCUGGCGACCCGUUACCUCUCUCUUUUUUCCGCUUCAAUGGUUCUGUCGAUGGAGAAGAUCUGAAGCGUGACUUUAAGGCAAGCCUCGCCUCCAUCGAGCCUCUCCUCUCUGCACACGAUCGACACGACAUUGUCCAGGAGGCCAUCUGCAUCUUCGACAACAUGCUCCGUCUCGUAGGCCAGCUCGAUGUCUUUUGCAACACCGAUCUCGAAGCAGAGCCGUCUCCCUUUGGCUCGCGACUGCGUAACUCCGUGGCCGUCGCCAAAGAACGCCGUGCUGCGGCAGCGGCCAGUAGCAAUGAUGACUCGCCAGAACGAAGCCACUCUCAUCACCAAUGUCCAGCAAUGAGAGCGGCUGGGUCCGACGAGUCGGCGGACCUGGAGGGCACCGGCCAGUUUUGCCCCAUGCUCGGCAAGGCUGUCCGUUUCGAGCCUAAGCCGUCCACGCCGGAUCGUGUUCGCAGAGUCGGCAAGUUGCGUUCCAUGUUCUCGGGCGAUGGUUCAUCUUCGCGCAGGGGUAGUCUUGUCGAAACUGUGACCUCGCGUACGUCUGCCAGGCUCUCUCUGCUGUCCAAUGUGCUUCUGCUGGCGGCAGCAGCUGGGCUCAUGGCCACGUUUUACUUCUCUAAGGGGAGACGUGAGGAGAGCGUGAUGUAG